AUGAUCGGCAAACUCGAAGAUCUUCCGAAUGAAAUUUUAGCGAAUAUUAUGGAAUAUAUUUCCUCACCAAAUGAUAUUUAUCAAGCAUUUAACAAUCUAAAUCAACGUUUUCAAACAAUUCUUCAACAUCUGUACUUAAAUAUCGAUAUAUCUCAUGAAGAUAAACAAAUUUUACUUUCAAAUCGACUGUUUGCAUCAUAUUGCAAUCGUUUACGUUUGUUCAACAUCUGUCCUUCGAUAUCUUUACAUAAAUUUUCUCGACUACGAUCAUUGACAAUGAAAGAACCAACGGAAUCUCAAGUCAAUUCCAUUCGAUCAUCAGUUUUACCUUUACUGGAACAUCUGACUGCACCUCCAACGAUGAUGAUCUUCGAUUGUUUAUUUGGCAAUGAGAAACAACGAUGGAAAAGACUCCACUCUUGUUCGUUUUUACGUUCUCCUCUUCCGAAUUGGAAGAACACAUGGAAAGCAAACUCAACUCUCCGGAAACUAAUGGAUAUUUGCUGUUCACGAGAAAUCCUUACUCAACUUCUAACACUUACUCCUUGUCUUCAAUAUUUACAUGUGGAAAUUCCGGUUAUCGAUGAUUCCACUUGGAAGUAUCCAUUGCACAUUGAUCAUUUAACUUCAUUACAAUUCGAAUUUGUUAGUUUGAAUUAUAACGAUGUUUCAGCUUUGCUUAGAGGAAAUUUACGUCGAUUACAUCUGCGUAUUUAUCGCAAAGAUUACCCAACUGAUUUUCCGUAUUUAGGAGCGUUAAUCGCAUCGAAUGCUCCAGAGUUGAAACAAUUUGAAUGUGAUUAUGAAGAAGAAGAUCAAGUGGAUAUCAACGAGAUUAGAAAUGCACAUCGAAUUUUUAAAAAUUGUGUUCUAUUUCGAACAGAAUUCGAUAAAUCUUGCAAAUUAAUUUGUAAAAACAUUCAGUGUGAUUAG